GCUGAUUGCGGGGCAGGCUCCCCUCAGGCUGGGGCUCCGACGUGAGGGGUCGGGGAAGGCCGGUGCGGGGAGCCGGGGAGCCAUUGUGGGCGGCCUCACAGACUUUGAACCGAGCCGCCCCGCCGCGGGCCAACAAAGGCCCCGGCCCCCGGGAGCGUCGGCCGGGCCGGCCUCCGGUUUGUUCCGAAGGGGCGUCGCCGCGUCUGCCCCAGCUUGUGGGUGGGCGAGAGGUUCUCCUGCCCACCCUGGGCAAAGUGCGGGGCUUGCAGAGGCUUUCGAUCAGGGAAACUUUACAAUUUGUUUACAAUUGCCGUGUCCCGGGAAAGAGCUGCAGUUCAAGGGAAUGUCAGCAGGUUAGACAUCCUGCACCAGAACCUUCGGCGCUUAAUUCUUUGCCCGGGACGGGAUGCCUCCCGUUUGGGAAUCGGAGUGUGACACUGCUGCCAGAGAGUCCGGGUUGUGUAACGAAGCAGGGAAAGCUGUACCUUUCUAGAGACACAUUUUUGCAGUCUUGAACGUCAAGAAAAGAUGUGGAGUGGGCUGCUACCUCCUGGCCUAAAUGAAAGUGAUGUUGAGUUGAAUUCUGAAGAUGAAGACAUAUUGGAGAACAAUGGACUUGACUUAAAGGAAGAUAAAGAAGAUGGGACCAUUACAAAAACAGAGCUCUCAGAUUUCCCUAAAGAUGGACCAAAAACUGAAGCAGAGUCAAAUUUAAAUGCGUAUGAAGAGUGUCCUUCUGGAAUUCCCUUACAUAUGUGGAAUAAAUUUCAAGAAUUGCAUAAAAAACAUUCUGAACAGAAAAUCUCAUCUUCAAGAUUCAGGAAAAAAAGAAAACGCUCUAAAAAAGGUAAAUUGAAGAAUGAAGAAGAAUCUCAUAGAGAACAGACUUCAAGUCAAACACAGUGGAAGGAACUUACUCAGUAUUUUGGAGUCAAUGAUAGGUUUGAACCCCCUGUUAAAAAGAAAAAAAUUGACAAGUCGGGCCUUGAAAAGAGCAUAGACCAGGCAGUGGAAGAGUGGAAUAUUGAGAAGGCUGAGGAACUCAGCAACCAGCUAGCUACCCGAGAGCUUGGUGUAAAAAUUGCCAAAGCAAUUGCCUGCCACAACUUUGUAAAAGCCAAAAAGGAAGCUGAAAAUUCACAGGUCGCUCGAAAAAAGAAGAAACUUGCAUGGGGAUUUGAAGCAAAGAAAAGAUGGGAAACUAAAAGCAACAUGGGAUAUAUGUAACUUGCCAGACUUCUUCAAGACAUUGCGUCAUUACUUGAGUUCCCACUUGAGUCUUCCAUUGCUCAAUUUAGUGAAAAGAUUUUCCUGCUUGUGUUAAUAAUAUAUGUUAGGAAAUUGACAGAAGUAGAAAAAAGAUGCAUAAAAUUUGGGAGUUGAUUAUCAGAUCUUUUCAAUCUUUUCUAACAAGUUCAUCCUAUUGAAGUGAAUGGAAUUGAGUAUUCUGUUAUUUGUACAAGGAAUCUGAGCAUAUGUAGAGGGGGAAAAAAUAGAAUUUUAUUUAUUUCUAUAGACCUGCAGUAUAAAAUCAAUUUUACUUUUCAUCCAUUUGGUGUAGCAUAGCCAAUGAGCUCCUUGUACUUUCUUAUCUGUACUUAGUAUAACUGCACUUAUUCUGGAAUUGUGUUUUUAAGAUUGGCAUUUGUUUAUAAUGGAUUAGUCAUAAGUGCAAGAAAGUCUCAAUUGCUGUUGUCUUUACAGAUAACUUUAUCUUAAUGUUAUAAAAGUAAUUAUUGGUUCUUUAUUGGAAGCAGUAGAGUUGAUACUUCACAGUCUCAAAAUAAAAGCGAUUGAUUAAUUUUUAUGUACCUUCAGAUAAAACAUUAUAAUUUUAAAAAAGAGACAGAAUGUAGUGUUUGGAGGAUGAUUUAAAUUCAGCUCUGCCUGGAACUGUCUUCCUAAAUAUUUCUUUCAGCCAUAUCAUUUUUUAAAAUUUUGAGAUGAUUCUUAGAAAAGAAAAUGAUAUUAUAUUAGAAUGUUGUUAACUCAAGACAAUAUAACUUUGAACCUUCUAAGAA